AUGGUCAAAUCGUACCUAAAGUACGAACACGCCAGAUCGUUUGGUGUGAUCACGACCAACACUUCCAACAUUGUCUGGGCCGCCAAAGACAGGUCCGGCAGUGGCGCAGGACAAGCCGUCGUCGCCGCGAAUGAAGAAGUUUUCUGCUGGGAUAUCAAAAAGGGAGAGCUCAUCGGUAGAUGGCGGGACGAACGAUGUGCAUUUCCAGUGACUGCAAUCGCGCAGAGCAAGGCAGACAAAGACGUCUACGCGGUUGGAUAUGAGGAUGGCAGUAUUCGACUCUGGGAUAGUAAGAUCUCGACAGUCAUUGUGAGUUUCAAUGGCCAUAAGUCCGCAAUUACGAAUCUGGCCUUUGAUAAAUCUGGUGUACGACUUGCCAGUGGUUCCAAGGACACCGACGUCAUCAUUUGGGAUCUGGUUGCUGAAGUUGGCCAAUUCAGACUUCGCGGACACAAGGACAAAGUCACCGGACUUCAUUUCAUCGAGCCUAGACUGUUUUUGGAGAAUGGUGAUGGGUCAGAACCGAUGGUAUUGGACGAUGAGAAGCCCUCGGAUGGGUUCCUUCUAACCACCGGCAAGGACUCUUUACUCAAACUUUGGGAUCUCUCCUCAAGACACUGCGUCGAAACACACAUUUCUCAAACGAAUGGCGAAUGCUGGGCCUUGGGCGUUUCUCCCGAUCUAAGUGGAUGCAUUACUGCAGGAAAUGACGGCGAGAUGAAAGUCUGGUCCAUUAAUGUUGAAGGUCUAGCCGCCAGCACUCGACGUGUCGACGCUUCUCCGGCCAACCACUACAUACAUGACCGUGGGAUACUUCACAGGCAAAGCAAAGAUCGAGCAAUUGAGAUUGUUUUCCACCCGCAGCGGGACUACUUUGCCGUACAUGGCUCCGAGAAGAGCGUUGACGUGUGGCGAAUUAAAUGCGAGGCAGAAAUAAAAAGGAGCCUAGCACGAAAGCGACAGCGUAGGAGGCAAAAGCAGAAGGAGGACAAGGUUCAAGACCAUGAUGCUGAAAAUGGUGGCGAGGCCAACGAGGAUGCUUCCAAAGCAGACGUUGGCGAUGUUUUUGUUCAGUACGUCAUUGUCAGAACUGGUGGCAAAGCCCGCUCAGUCGAUUGGGCGGCAUCCGGGAAAGAAAAAGACCUGCAUCUACUGGUGAGCACGACAAACAAUCAACUGGAGUAUUAUAGUAUUUCCCACAAAGAGAAGAUUGAGCGCAAGAAGAAAGACGACAUCCCCGACUAUGCUCGCGGCUUGACGGUGGAAAUUCCGGGACAUCGAGCUGACAUAAGAGCCUUGUGCCUGAGCUCUGAUGACAAAAUGCUUGCUUCGGCGGCCAAUGGUUCAUUGAAGAUUUGGAACAUCAAGACUCAAGCGUGUAUUCGUUCGUUCGAGUGUGGCUACGCACUUUGCUGCGCGUUCCUGCCCGGAGACAAGGUGGUAGUUGUCGGCACCAAGAGCGGUGAACUGCAACUAUUUGAUGUCGCAUCAGCAUCACUGAUAGACAAUGUGCAGGCGCACGAAGGCGCCAUUUGGAGUCUCAACGUCCACCCUGACGGACGAUCCGCUGUUUCUGGCAGUGCCGAUAAGACGGCAAAGUUCUGGGGGUUCAAGAUCGUCCAAGAGGAGGUUCUUGGCACGAAGAGGACUACGCCCAAGCUGAAGCUUGUCCAGUCUCGUACUCUCAAGGUGCCUGAUGAUAUUCUUAGUUUGAAGUUUUCCCCUGAUGCGAAACUACUUGCGGUGGCUUUGCUGGACAACACGGUCAAGGUGUUCUUUGUCGACUCGCUAAAGCUGUACCUCAACCUGUACGGCCACAAGCUUCCCGUCCUAAGCAUGGACAUCUCUUACGACAGCAAGCUUAUAGUUACGAGUUCAGCAGAUAAGAAUAUCCGAAUAUGGGGGCUGGAUUUCGGCGAUUGUCACAAAGCCUUGUUUGGUCACCAGGACAGCAUCUUACAGGUUGCCUUUGUCCCACACAAUUCCGACGGAAACGGCCACCACUUCUUUAGCAGCAGCAAAGACAGGACUAUCCGAUACUGGGACGGAGACAAGUUUGAGCAGAUCCAGAGACUGGACGGUCACCACGGCGAAAUUUGGACGAUUGCCAUCGGCCACUCUGGAAACUUUCUCGUCAGUGCUGGUCACGACAAGAGCAUCCGGGUUUGGCGGGAAACCGACGAGCAAAUCUUCCUCGAAGAGGAGCGAGAGAAGGAAAUGGAGGAACUCUACGAAAGCACAUUGACAGCUUCCCUGGAGAACGACCCCGACGCCGAGGACGAGAAUGUCGAACUGGCCGCGGCAACCAAACAGACGACAGAGACCCUGAUGGCGGGCGAAAGAAUACAAGAGGCCCUAGAAAUGGGCAUGGCCGACCUGAACCUCAUGAGUGAAUACGAGGAAGCAAAACUCACCAACCCCCAUGCCCCCCCGCCGCAGCGCAAUCCCGUCUUCGUCGCUCUCGGCAACAUCAGCGCCGAAGACCACGUCAUGUCGGUCCUGCAACGCAUCAAGGCAUCGGCCUUGCACGACGCACUGCUCGUCUUGCCAUUCGCCACCGUCCCAGUCCUGUUCACCUUUCUCGACAUCUUCGCCACGCGGUCCAUCAACAUUCCCCUGACGUGCCGCGUCCUCUUCUUCAUGCUCAAGUCUCACCACAAGCAAAUUGUGGCAAGUCGCACAUUGAAGCCCAUGCUGGACGGGAUGCGCACAAACCUGCGAGCAGCACUGAAGAAGCAAAAGGACGAGAUGGGAUUCAACCUUGCCGCGCUCAAGGUCGUGGACAUGCGGCUCCGUGACAAGAGCAUCAAGAAUUACGUCGACGAGACAUGGGAGGAUGAGCGCGCAGAGAGCAGCGCGAAGAAGCGGGCCUUUGUGCACGUAGCGUAA